AAACCUUUCUCUGAACCCCACAAGACGAUGCAACACGUCCGAUCUAUCCUCCGCCACCGCACCACCACCGCGCUCCACCACCACAACCGGUUAGCCCACUACACGGCCGCAAAACGCCCAAAGCCACCCGCCCCACCAACUCCGCCGAAACCCCCCAAAAAGCCUCAGUCUUUCACCUUCCACGACGUUACCUGGGAGGAUCCCUACUCAUGGAUGUCCUCCCUUCACGACAAGGUCGCUAUGCGCCACAUGGAUAUGUACAUGGAGCAGGAAGAGAAGUACACAGAAGCUGUCCUUUCAGACACCGAUCGCCUCCAAGCCAAGUUACAGUCCGAGAUGGCCUCUCGCUUGAACUUUGACCUUACCACCCCUCCCCUACGCUGGGGCCCCUGGUUGUAUUAUAGAAGAGUAGAAGAGGGGAAGCAGUAUCCAGUGCUAUGCCGGAGAUUGGCGAGUUUGAAUGAGGAGUUCAUUUCGCAUAAGUCUCCAGAUGCCGGUUUUGAUUUUACGUCGGGGAAGCGGAUUGAGCAAAAGCUGCUUGAUUACAAUCAAGAAGCUGAGAGGUUUGGAGGCUAUGCAUAUGAAGAGUUGUCGGAGAUAUCACCAGAUCAUAAGUUUCUUGCAUACACCAUGUACGAUAAGGACAAUGACCACUUCAAGUUAUCAGUUAGGAACUUGAAUUCUGGUGCAUUGUGCAGCAAGCCUCAAGCUGAUCGUGUUUCAAAUUUGGCAUGGGCCAAGAAUGGGCAGUCACUGAUUUAUGUUGUUACUAAUCAAAAAAAGAGACCUUAUAGAAUAUACUGUAGCAUGAUUGGGUCAACUAAUGAAGAUGUCUUGCUUCAUGAAGAACAAGAUGAAAAUGUGUACUUGAACAUAAGAAACACAAAGGAUUUCCAGUUUGUGACUGUAAAUGCAUUUUCGCCUACUUCUUCAAAGGUCUUUCUGAUAAAUGCAGCUGAUCCUUUGUCUGGCAUGACAUUAGUUUGGGAGUGUGAAGGUAUCUCUCACUGUAUAGUUGAACAUCAUCAAGGAUACCUCUAUCUAUUUACAGAUGCAGCAAAGGAUGGACAAUUGGUUGAUAGCCAUUAUCUUCUUUGCAGUCCUGUUGUUGCUUCUUCCAAUCCAAGAAUCUGGGAGUGUGUAUUUGUAGAUGAUCAAGACUUGAUAAUAGAGGAUGUUGAUUUCAGCAACUCACACCUAGCAAUUAUCACAAGGGAAGGUCGAAAAUUUGGAAUCUGCUCUGUUGCUCUGCCAUUGCCUGUUGGGAGGGGAGCAGUUGGUCUGAGAGAGCUUCAUCAUCAUUUCCUUCCUCUCCCAAAAUAUGUUUGUAAAAUUGCACCUGGACCAAAUUAUGACUUCUACUCCUCAACCAUGCGAUUUACGAUAUCAUCUCCAGUGGUAUGCCAGUGAUUACCGUAUGAAUGUUGUUUCUGCUCUGCACCUUAAGCAGUAUGUCAUUAUAUCUUUUAUGACUCUUGGAUAUGGGUAGCAGUUUUGUCUAUUUGAAUAUUGGUUACAUGUUGUUGGAGGCUUUGAUAGAGGGGGGAUGCUUUAUGCUGUAAUAAAUGUCUCUGAUCUGU